AUGACAGCGAAUCCGGCAUAUGUUAGGGGCCCGAAAGACCCUGCUCUCUGGAUCAAGACCCUAGGCACGGCCCUCGAUGAGCAGGCAGCUCGUUUCGGCGAUAAAUCCGCCCUCAUCGUGCCGUGGCAGUCGGUUCGCUUGUCGUAUCGCCAGUUAGCAGACCGAAGUAGAGUUGUCGCGAAGGCGUUGUUGCGAUUGGGACUGCGCCAUGGCGAUUCUGUGGGGAUCAUGGCGGGCAACUGCCACGAGUAUAUCGAGGUCUUUCUCGGCGGAGCACGCAUUGGAUGCCCCGUGGUUGUUUUAAACAACACCUAUUCUCCGGAUGAGCUCAGAAAUGCUGCGUGUAUAAGUUCAUGCAAGGUCAUAUUCAUUGCUUCGAAGAUCGGCACGAAAGACCUCGCGGCCCAUAUCGCAAUUCUUAGAGGGCAGGGUCAUCCGAAUCCCAAACUCCUUGAGCUGCUACAACUUGUGUGCCUUGGAAAUGAUGAAUUUGACGGCAAGGGUAUCGGAAUACAAUCGUACACCCAGUUGAAGGUAAAAGCGGCUUUUGGUAUUACUGACGAGGAGAUGCUGCGACGCGCAGAGGCUCGAGUUGAUCCUGACAACGUACUAAACUUGCAGUUCACGUCAGGCACUACUGGCGCUCCCAAAGCAGCCAUGCUGACACAUGUAAACCUCCUUAACAAUGGUCUGUUUAUCGGGGACGCGCUGCGUUUAACGCCCGAUGAUAUUGUUUGCUGCCCCCCGCCUCUUUUCCACUGCUUUGGGCUCGUGGUGGGAUUCCUUUCGUCGCUUAGCCACGGCUGUGCUAUCGUGUUCCCCUCAGACAAUUUCGACGCAAAAAAGGUUGUGGAUGCUGUCAUGAGUGAAGAUGCUACUAUUAUCCUCAGCGUCCCGACCAUGUUUAUGGCUCAGCUGGAGGUCAUGGCCAAGUCAGGCCAGAAGCCUCGUCGACUCAGAGCCGGGCUCUCAGCAGGGGCUGCCUUAUCCGUGUCGCUGAUAGCAAAGGUGCGCGAGAAAAUGGGACUUAGAAAGAUCAUUAAUGCCUACGGCAUGACGGAGACAAGUCCAAUCACAUUUAUGACGGUGCUGGAUGAUUCCGACGACAAGGCCGAAACCAUUGGCAGGGUGAUGCCUCACACGGCAGCUAAAGUCAUCGACUCAAACGCUUACAUCUUCGUUGUUAAUCGUCUCAUUCACCCAUCCCGUUACAUCGUCACCAUGCCGCAAAAGUUCUCCCGCCAACCACCCGGUGUCUCAGAGGCCAUCCUCAUUACGUUCCCCGCGCCCAAUCUCUUGCUGGUGACGUUGAACCGUCCCCAGCAGCUCAACGCAAUGCCGCAGGGCUCACAUCGAGCUUUCUCGAGUCUGGAAUUGUGGAGCGAGAAGAACAGAGCCGGAAUACCAAGCCACGGUGCGGAUGGGGAUAGCUGGCUCGAGCAUGGCUUUGGUGGCAUGAGCAAUCGCCGGGGAAAGGAGCCCAUUAUUGCUGCUGUCAGCGGGUACUGCUUUGGAGGUGGCUUUGAGGUCAUGUUGAACUCAGACUGCGUCAUCGCGAGUGAGAGUGCCAAGUUUGGUCUCCCGAGGGCGUCAGAGAUGACGCUUCUUGGCCGCACGUACACCGCCCAGACGCUCUAUGAAUGGGGGAUCUUGAGCAAAGUCCUCCCAGAGAAUAGUGUUCUCGACGAAGCACUACGAUGGGCCGCUGAAGUGGCGGCUCAAUCCCCAGAUGCCAUUAUUCUUAAUCACGCGGGACUGCUAGGUGGUUGGGAUGGGGAGGAUCCAACCCUCUUAUCCAACCAUCUUCCUAUCGUUACCACCGACCCAAAUGCUCUCGAGGAACAGGCCCGGGGCGCGAUGGAGACAAAGAGUUUUAAAUACAUCUAUAGGGGUGCAGGCGAGUUGUCUACCAUGGAUGCGAAUCGCCUCGCCUUUCGUCAAUGGAGGAUCAUACCUCGUGUUCUCAAGCCAGCCAGCCCCCGGGAUCUGACAACCGAGCUAUUUUGUGUCAAGUACGAUUCUCCUCUUCUUGUGGCACCUGUCGGAGUCCAAGCCAUGUUCCACUCUUCUGGAGAGAGGGGGUUGAUCGCGGCCUGCGCCGAGCUGGGAAUUCCUUAUAUUCUCAGCACAGCCGCAACACAGAGCAUUGAAACCAUUGCUGAGGCCUGUGGCCCACACCCCCGUUGGUAUCAGCUGUACUGGCCCAAAGAUAACGACAUCACUCGAUCCCUCGUCCUACGCGCCAAGAACUCCGGUUUUAGCGCGCUUGUCGUCACCCUUGAUACGGUCACCGUUGCCUGGCGUCCGCAUGACCUUGAUAUCGCGAAUUUACCAUUCCUGGAAGGAAUAGGAAAUGCCGUGGGAUUCAGUGAUCCGGUGUUCCGCGAGAAGUUUUAUGCCAGGAGCGGUAAGACGCCGGAAGAAGAUCAGCUUGGCGCCUCUAGGUACUGGAUCAGCGAGGUAUUCGCGGCAGAGCAUCACUCUUGGGAAGAUCUCGAGCUCCUCAGGGAACUCUGGGAGGGGCCGAUCGUUCUCAAAGGCGUGCUGAGCGCCGAGGAUGCACGCUUAGCAUUGCAACACGGAGUUGAUGGGAUUGUCGUCAGCAACCAUGGAGGCCGACAGAUUGACGGUGGGGUGUCCUCCCUUGAGAUGUUGCCAGAAGUAGUUGAGGCGGUUGGCGAUCGGAUGACUAUUCUGUUCGACUCCGGCAUCCGGACUGGGUCGGAUAUAAUCAAGGCCAUAGCACUUGGAGCACAAGCCGUCUUCGUUGGGCGGCCUGCACUUUACGGAUCGGGUAUCGCUGGUAAAGAGGGUGCAUAUGAAGUCCUAGCUGGAUUACUCGCAGACAUGGAACAAUGCAUGGCUAUAGCGGGAUUUCAGAGCAUUGCGGAUCUGAAGCCGUCUAUUAUUAGAAAAGUCUAA